GAACACAUUUUGUCGGAACAAGCAAGUCGACGACGAAAAAUCUAAGAGUACGGUUAGCACUGAAAGGUAGAACGAAAACGAAAACGAAUGYCUGGGAUAAUUGUCUAUCGCAAGUUCCSAUAAUCUCAUCACACAGUAGUUUUUAGAGCACGAUUUGAUCAAAACCGAAUUGUUGCGCAAAGAAGAUCACACCGAAUCAACAGGUGAGAAAUGCAACACAUGCCGUAGAAAGAAAAGAACCACGCAACAAAUUCAAUCCGGCCCGAUCCGAUCCGUUCCAAACCGAUCCAACAUCUUUCCAAAUACAGUCCAAUUCUACUCGAUCCAAUCGCCAACCAUGAGACCCCUCACCGAAGACGAAACCAAGACCCUAUUUCUAAAACUCUCCGAGUAUAUCGGGAAGAACGUCGAAAAAAUGAUCAAUCGAAGCGACGAGCGAUACUGCUUCCGACUCGUGAAGGAUCGCUGCUACUACGUCAGUGAAUCCAUCAUGAAGGCAGCCACGAGCAUCGCCCGAGAUCAUCUCCUCCAUGCCGGAACAUGCAUUGGAAAAUUCACCAAGUCCGGGAAGUUCCGCCUGCACGUUACGGCCCUCGAGUACCUGGCACAGUACGCAAAACACAAGGUCUGGGUCAAGCAAUCKGCAGAGAUGUCCUUUCUUUACGGCAACCACGUCAACAAGCAGGGGCUGGCGAGGAUGACGGAAUCGACACCUCAGUACGCGGGCGUCGUUGUAUUCAAUAUGAACGACAUCCCAAUGGGAUUCGGAGUCGCCGCUCAGUCUACUGAGCACUGCCAGUCGCUGGAUGCCUCUGGGAACGUUGUCUUGCACCAGGCUGACAUUGGUGAUUAUCUGCGUGGCUUAGAAGACGACGUCUUUUAGGUCAUCGUUGURCUAGCUGCCGCGACAAAUGCGAGGAUUGGGGCUUUCUUCAGCGGUGUUCAACAAAAUGCGACGCAAUGCAAUUUAAUGAAGUGAAAUAAAUGAAAUGGARAAAAACCAAUCGAACAAAGGAAUAUGGGAUGCGAUGCUUUACUAUGAGUUUGUUUAUGUUUGUAUGCACAUACAUAGAAAAUUCUUGCAUGCUACUUUUGGUUGGGAUGUUGAUYAAUGCCCACCGACGAAAUCCAUUGGGCAUACACAAGAACGAAACAAAAUCGAGGAGCAAGUAAAAUGAGGUGCUAUUGUAUCGAUUACAUGGAACGGUUGCGCUUCGAUCUAUCAUGCUGUAAUAUUGUAUUCUAUUCUGUGUUGUCCAUUGUGUGCAUGAGAUUCUUAGCGGUUAUCCAAAGGAUUUGUUACGCGGCCCCUUCAAUGUACUAGGAUGCAUCCAUACGUGCGCUGUGGUGCACCACGGCAUGCUACAACAUUGCUCCGAGGAUAUGUUGUCACGACAAACGAACACAAAGCAAUACUAUGAAUGGAAUGGAAAGAACGACACCAACGGAGAUACCUCUAGAACAAAUAAGCAAAAUCAUACACA